AUGAUAAACAAUAACAAAAACAACAACAAAAUGUAAAGCGAGCCUUCAAGAACACUUACUGGUAAACAGCAGUUGCCAAAUAGCGCAAACUUUAUGUAGACAGUAUCGAGAUGCAUGUUGGUCACUGAUCUAUAGAUAUGUACUGGAGUUAUAAUGAGAGUACAUCCGGUGGAGUAUACAUAGCUCAGUGUUGAUAAAAUUCUAGCGUUCUGAUUGGUUAAACGAGGUCAUAUGGUAUAAAUCUUUGGCGGGGAAGAAGCACGUUUCGCUUGUAUUGGAAAUUUUGAUUUUCGCGGAGAAAAUUUACCAGCUUUAAAAUGACCGACUCAAAAGAAAACGAACCUUUUGACGACGCUGUGGAAGAAAGGAUAAUUAAUGAAGAGUACAAAAUUUGGAAGAAGAAUACGCCAUUUCUGUAUGACUUGGUUAUGACACACGCAUUAGAAUGGCCUAGUUUGACUGUACAAUGGCUGCCUGAUGUUACUAGACCUGAGGGAAAAGACUAUUCAAAUCAUCGACUAAUAUUAGGAACUCAUACGUCAGAUGAACAAAAUCAUUUGGUAAUUGCCACCGUACAACUUCCAAAUGAUGACACUCAACUUGAUGCGAGCAAUUAUGAUAACGAGAAAGGAGAAUUUGGAGGUUUUGGUUCUGUUAGUGGCAAAAUUGAGAUUGAAAUAAAGAUUAACCAUGAAGGAGAAGUGAACAGAGCAAGAUAUAUGCCUCAAAAUCCAUGCAUCAUUGCCACAAAAACUCCAUCAUCAGAUGUGUUGGUGUUUGAUUAUACUAAACAUCCAUCAAAACCUGAUCCAAAUGGAGGCUGUAACCCUGACCUUAGACUAAAAGGUCAUCAGAAAGAAGGAUAUGGUUUGUCAUGGAAUACCAAUUCCCAUGGAUUGCUACUAAGUGCUUCAGAUGAUCAUACAAUUUGCUUGUGGAAUAUAUCUUCAUCAAUAAAGGAAACAAAAACACUAGAUGCGUUAAGAACAUUUACUGGACAUACAGCUGUUGUUGAGGAUGUUUCUUGGCAUUUAUUGCAUGAAGCACUCUUUGGUUCUGUUGCUGAUGACCACAAAUUGAUGAUUUGGGAUACAAGAUCUUCGAGCAGCAGUAAACCAACACAUUCAGUUGAUGCUCACACAGCUGAGGUAAACUGCCUGUCAUUUAAUCCGUACAGUGAGUAUAUUCUAGCCACUGGCUCAGCCGACAAGACUGUUGCCUUAUGGGAUCUACGAAAUUUAAAAUUAAAACUUCAUUCCUUUGAAUCCCACAAAGAUGAAAUUUUCCAGGUUCAGUGGUCGCCACAUAAUGAAACAAUUCUGGCUUCCAGCGGAACAGACAGAAGAUUACAUGUUUGGGACUUGAGUAAAAUUGGUGAGGAACAAUCGCCUGAAGAUUCUGAAGAUGGUCCACCCGAGCUUUUGUUUAUUCACGGUGGCCAUACCGCAAAGAUCUCGGACUUUUCUUGGAACCCGAAUGAAUCAUGGGUGCUUUGCAGUGUAUCAGAGGAUAAUAUCAUGCAAGUUUGGCAAAUGGCUGAAAAUAUUUAUAACGACGAAGAAAUGGAUACACCUGCGGCUGAGCUUGAACAAGCGGCAGCAUCGUGAAAUCUUUAAACACUUCUAUAUUUUCCGUUGAAUCUUUCCCAUCAAUAAUAGCUGAUGGCGUUUGACGAGGAAACUUCUCCAUCAUAUUCUUCGCAAGCUUAUAGGUUUAUAGAAAAUAUUUAUUUUAUUCUUAGUUCGCAUCCCUUUUUCCCCAUAUACGAUUUUUAGUUGCCUUGUAAGAUAUUUCGAAAUGCUUUAUCUCAAAAAACGAUAAAAAAUCGCUGAGGAUACGUACGGAUUUGUACAGAACAGUUUAGGAUGAUUGUCAUGCAUUAAUAUAGUGUUUAUUAUUUAAAAUUCUAAACUGGUAGUAAUCGAGUCUAGUAAUUUAAACUGGAUAUCAAACUAUAUC